CAACCAUUCCACGGGCCUUGCAUGCAGAAGCUUCCGCCUUCCAGUCCUUCGCCUCGCCGACCCGCAGCCAAAAACCCUAGCGAGAGACGCGUCGGAGGUGAAGCAAGAGAGCUCGCGGCGGCGUCGACAAUGGCGCGGUUCCAGUGCGAGGACUGCGGCGGCGACGACCUCAAGAAGCCCAAGCUCGCCGGCCACUUCCGCUCCUGCGCUCAGCCUACAGGCUCUCCUGCAUCGACUGCGGCGAGUCCUUCAGCCAGGAGACCGUCCAGGGCCACGCCCAGUGCAUCUCCGGGGCUGAGAAGUAUGGUCCUCCCAAGGGACAGAACAAAGCAUCCAUGGAGAUCUUCCCUUCGUGCGCAGGCAACCACCUUGCAUCUGCAGCUACAUCCAGGCAAGCUGAAGGGGAAGACAGGAUUAGCCCUCUCCCGGACGACAUCCUUCUGCUCAUCUUGCAGGAGUUGGCAGCACGCGUGGAGGCGAUCAGGACGUGCAGCCUGUCGAGGCGGUGGCGGUGGCUCCCAUGGCUGCUGCUGGAGCCAAGGAUAAGCGUCAAGAAGUUCAUCCCGAGUGGAGUCGAGCUAUGGAUGGUGGACAAACGCGCGCUGGACCGGGUUGCGGGUCGCUUCUGCCGCGCGGUAUCCAGGUUCUUGGCGAUCUCCGACGCAACCAGGUGGUUGAAGCUCAUGUUAGAAUUUUUCAAAAAUUGCAUGGUUUUGAGCUAAUCCAAAGGAAAUUCAUAUGAUUUUUUUAUAGUUAUUCUUUUGAUUCAAAUGACCACAUAACAAAAUGUUUUAUAAGAUUGAAUUCCUCUAAAAUUACUCUAAAGAAUCCUUUGUUCGAAACCCUUUCGUUUGGAAUUGCGGUGGACUCGCCACGCGUGUUCGGCGCGCUUACCAAGCUCGAGCUGCGGCACCUGCAGCUGAGAAGCGCCGACGUCGCCGUCCUCCUCAGCGCGUGCACGCGCGCGGCUGGAGCACCUGGCGGUGUUCGACUGCGACGGGCGUCGUCCCCGGCGAGGAGCUGGUGAUCGACGUCGCACCGGGGUCGUCGGCGCUCAGGGUGCUGGAGCUUGAGUGCUGGUUGUGCUGCGCAGCAUCCCCAAGCUCACGCGGCUCUCCGUCGACAGCUGGUUCCCCGAUGGUGCUCCGGUGUCCCUCGGCUCUGUACCGAUCCUUGCCGACCUCAGCCUCAUCCACGGGGCAGACAUCCGUACGCGCCCGGGGGGGGGGGGGGGGUAAGCUCUUGGUCAAUGCCAGAAGCGUCAGCCAACUUUCUCUGCGUUUCUUGAACGGCGGAAAAUCGAUCUUUAUUCUUUAAUCCAUCUUGCUCAUGUUCGUAAGCGAGGAGUGGCAGUUGACUGACAGUUUCUUGUUUUUGAAUUUUUUUUUUCGUUCAGAUUUGGAUAGAACUUGAGGAUCCAAGGCCAUUGCAGGGUUCCUUCAGCAAGCUGACCGUGCUUAAUCUUGGUGAUGGCCAAUAUGAGUUGUUAUGGAUGAUCUUCUUCCUUCAGGCAGCACCAUUCCUCCAGAACUUCAACCUUUCGAUACAGAAGGACAUGCGCAGUCGACACGGUAGGCAGCAAGAGACGCCGUAUUGCGAGACGACCUGUUCAGAAUUCAAGCACAAGCAUCUGAAGAGCCUGAAGAUUGCUGGCUUCAAAGUAGAGGAGAAAUACAUGGAGUUUGUAAGAAUGGUCAUGGAGCUAGCUAUGGCUUUACAGACGAUCAUUUUGACUGACGAAGAGAGUUGCAAUUACUAUCGACCCACCCCGACAGGAUCAAGGUAUCCCAAGGGCGACAGGGAGAAAUCCUCCAUAGUCAAGCAACUCAUGGAUGGGAUCACCUCAAAAGUGCAAAUAUUCAUAGAGUGAUUUUGGAUAAUAUUGUGCACAAUGUUUUAGUAGCUCUUUAUGCUGAAAUUUAGAUUAUGAAAUAUCCGGAUAUGCACA